AUGUCCGAAUAUAUCCUAAAGUCUCUAAAACUUAAAAUAGAGAAAUGGAAUAAGUUUAUCACCGGAGAUGAAAGGCAUGUUUUGUUCAGGUACUUUGACAUGCCUAAAUACGAUAUAAUAGUUUUUCGAGUUAAUACCGCCGGCCUGCUUACUUGUGCGACUAAUUUUCCUCCAAUAAGCAGGGGAAAGAUGCUUUACUUCUUGAGAAAUGUUGACGACAAAAUAACAGCCACCAAUUACAGACAGGCAUUGACGAUUGGUGAAUUAUCAGGCAAUGUGCUAAUGGAUUUAUCCGUGAUGGCUGAUGAAGUUAUUGGCCCACUCCUAUGCAAUCCAGAAAAUCAACGAGGCUGGCCCAAGAUAGUGAAAAACGAUAUGAAAAGACAUGUUAACGAACUACGAAAUUUAAUGCAUCAGUUAAAGGGAGAGAUGAAUAGCCAAGUAAUGCUGCCCAUGCCGGAUGGAGUAGAGACUAUAUACAAUGCUGAAGCUAAGCUAAGGGAAAGUGAAGACGAUGUGGAUUUGUAUCUGAAAACAAAUAUUGAAGGUGCAAUAAUAAAAUGGGCCCAACAAGUGCAUGAUUUGCUAAAAGAAGAUUCUUAUAUUGCAUUCAAACGUACAAAAUUUCCUUUGCCGAGCGCUGACAUAGACUUCUAUGCAAAUCGUCUUCGAAACCUUGAGGGAAUCUACUCUCAAUUGAGAGACCCUCGAGUGAAACGAAUGGCGCACUACUUAGAAGCGACAAGAAGUGUUUAUUUGAGCUGUUUUAAAACUAUGCUGACUAAUGUUGUAGCUGCUGUCGUGGAGUGUCGUGACAUAUACGUGUACCAAAAACCUUUGCUCCUACAUUUUGAGAACUUUGAAGGGACUGAUUUUGCGGAUGCGAAGUUUUUAAUCAGGCCUAUGUUUCACUGCAUCGGUCUAUUAUGGGGCAACUCCAGAUAUUACUGUAGCGUGGAAAAGCUUAUACCUCUGUUACGAGAAGUAUGUAACCUCGUGAUACAACAAUGUACCAAUUCUGUGGAUCCAGCUUCGAUAUUUCAGGGAGAUGCAGAUGAACAACUGAUUAAAAUAAGAAAAGCAAUAUCUGUAUUAAAUCAUUUCAUAGAAACAUACGAAAUGAACAGAGACAAGGUGCACACUUUCUUUCCACCUGGCGUGAUGCCCGUGCGCUGGUCGUUCGACUUCGACCGCGUUUUCAUGCGGUUUAAUAUUUAUUUGAAAAAGCUUAAGAAAAUCGAGGAAAUACUGGAGGCAACUGUUGAGAUUCUUAAAUUGGAGAAGAUGGAGUUUUGUGGUUUAAGAGGGAAGACUCUCAGCACAGAGUGUAUGAAAGUACUAGAGGAAUACAUCUUAAUAUACCAAAACCUGGGGAAUAUAACAUACGACCCGGCGGAUCCGGAAGAUAACCGAUUUCAGCCCGAUUAUGAGAAGCAUAUGGCUGUUUUAGAUGACGUUGAUCAAAGAUUGGCUUCGCUUUUCACCCAGGGCUUGGAUGAGUGCCAUAAUUUGGAACAUUUCUUUAAGUUUUUCCAAAUAAUUGGAGACUUAUUUCAUCGUAAGAUUAUUAAAAACGAACUGAAACCGAAAUUGUCCCGGCUGGUUGACUUUAUGCAUUCCAACCUUGAUGCUGUUAAGGAGAUAUUUGAUGAAGAAAUGUCGAAACUAACCAAGGGUCCCGAACGACCAAUGGUGGACAACUACUUACCCCCAGUGGGUGGUAUGUUAUGGUGGGUUUAUAAACUGCGUAGGCGCAUCCAAACCCCAAUGGAAGAUUUUAUCGUUUUUGAAGAUCCAAUUAUCGAAACAGAGUAUGCGCUUUACAUGAAGCAAAAACACAAUGAGAUGCUGGGGUAUCUUAAUGUUGUGGAAGAUCGGCAGUUUAAGCAGUGGUGUGCGACUGUACCUAACAUAUGCAAAACGCACUUGGCUAAAAACCUUAUAUACCGGGAUCCGCCUUAUGUCAGAAACAAUUUUAGUCCUGAGCUGGUUAUGUUACUUCGGGAAAUUCGUUAUAUGAAAUAUUUGGAAAAACAAGGCAUACCGCCAGACGGUCUGGAAUUAUAUGGGAGGAAUGAAAAGCUUCAGUAUGACAUGAAUCGUCUGAACCGUGCUAUUGCGUGGUAUAACGCUAUACGCGAAGGCAGCCACGAAACGGAGGUGGCUCUUAUUGAGAAAGAGAUCUCUGCUAUUGACAAGCUGUUAGGGAGAGGAGUUGAAGAGCUUACAUGGAAUGAUGAUUUCACAGAAUGGAUGGCAGAAGUGUACGCAGCGAUCAACACGUUGCAAGAGCGAGUGCUGACCGCACAGAACAACGUACGACAAGGGCUUGAUAACAUCGCCGCCUGGGGUGAUAAGCCGCUUCAUAACCGAAAGGAAAACCCCGAUAAGAUGGAGCUGCUUGCGGUUAACGAGCGACUGCCUAGAUUAGUGAAAAGACGCUCAAAUAUUUUGGAAAGUCAUGCUGAGUUCGAGCGGAUCUUGCAAAUUAAUUAUAAGCUGUUUUUCAAUAUUCACGAAGAUGAAGAGUCUGAUGAUGAAGAAGAGGACUUAGAAGAAGUAGAUGAAGCUACACUCGAUGAGGACGAGAGAGCGGCACGUAACCGCAAAUUAAAGGAGCUAGAAGAGAGGCGGGAGGAGAAGAGACUUGCAAAGGAAGAACGUGACAGAGAAAAGGCUGAAAUAGCUCAGGAGAAAUUCGAGCGGAGAGAGGCUAGGCGACUGAAAAGAGAGGAGAAGGAAGCAGCACGGGCCGAAAGACAGGCGAGAAGAGAUGCAGGCGAAGAAGGUGUGGAAUCGCCAGUUGAAGAAGAAGAAGAGUUAGACGAGGCAGAGUUAGCUGAUAUUGAGGAGGAGAAGAAAGAAAUGGAAGAGGAAGCAUUUAGGGCAGAACGAUGGCCCGCUUAUGUCAAAUAUGUUGAUUCUCUUGUUUCUCGUCAAGUGAUGAAAGCAAUCCAAUGUAGCCUUGAUUUGUUUGAGAAACAAACUGAUUUGGAAAAGGGGCCACGCGUACCAUUCAUGGAUGUUAUUGCAGAACUAAAAGACCCAGAUAUAUGUUUCACACCGUCUCUGGAUAUAAAGGAUUCAGGCGGCCUCUAUGACACGAUGAUUGAAAUGAUGAAAGAUAUGUUCCUCCAAGCCACAAUUUUCCCAAGGAUCGAUCCUAUUGUACCCAUACCAUCGUAUGAAGAUGAUAUAUCAGGUGAGGAAUCUAUGAUAGAUCUCUAUCAUGAGAUUGCAAAGCGGAUAGAGAACAGUAUAACUGACGUAGUGCAAUACGCAUCGAAAUACGAAAAGUAUACGCCUCUAUGGCUAGAAGAUAGACAAGAAGUGUUGGCUAGUUUUCUUAAAUAUGGCCGAGUGAUUCCACCAGAGGAGUUUGAUAAAUACAAAUAUGACUUUGGCUGUGACCCACCCGAAGCGAAACCCAAGCUAGAAGAAUAUCAGAAGGAGAUAGAUAAAUUCAACGCGAUGUACGAUGAAGUGGCUGCUCUUCCGGGAGACUACUUGUGCAACGGAUGGCUGAAAUUGGACUUACGCCGCCUCAACCAUGCUAUAAUGAAUAUUAUUUGCAAGUGGAGCAACCUUUACAAGCAGAAUUUGAAGGACCAUGUGCAGACUAGCUUGGAUGACCUGGAGAAGUUCAUAGCGUAUGCAACAAAGGAGCUAUCGGUAGAACUAGGCGAAGAUGAUUACGAGGGUCUAUUGCAAGUGAUGAGAGUUCUUAAUGAGGUGAAGGCGAAGGUAGACGCCGGAACAGAGCAAAUGUUCGAACCGCUUAGGGAUAUUAUUUACGUUCUCAAGGAGUAUGGAGUUGAUUUCCCCGAAGAGACGUACGAACAGUUGGAUAUUUUGCCUGAAAAGUGGCGCAACUUAGUGAAGUUGGCGACGGUUAUGAAAAACACAGUAGCGCCGUUGCAGGCUGCGCAGGCGGCGCUUAUAGCCAAGAGAGUGGCUCUUACAAACUUGAGGCUCACUAUGUAUAGAGAUCAGUUCAAACUUAAAGAGAUGUUCCUAGAAAGCUGCAAGGAGCCGUACAGGCAGAUAGACAAAGUGCACAAAGAGCUUCUCGACUUUGAAGAUAUCGUUUCGAACUUGAAGAGAAGCUGUGCGUUGUUUGAUAUACAACCUCCAGAUGAGAAAUCCCUGAAGCAGUGUCGAAGGGAGCUGAAGCUUAUCAAACAACUUUGGGAUUACUACUACUUAGUUAUGGGUACAAUAGAGUUCUGGAAGAAGUCCCCGUGGAAGAAGAUAGAUGCUGAUGGUAUGGACCAAGAGUGUAAGAGGUUUACGAAGGAUAUGCGACAGCUGGAUAAGGAUAUGAGAGUAUGGGAGCCUUACAUCUCCAUUGAAGCAACAAUAAAGAAUUUGAUGACAUCGUUACGUGCAGUAACAGACUUACAGAAUCCAGCGAUUAAAGACAGACAUUGGGUAGAACUCAUGAUGGCUACUAAGGUUAAGUUUAAUAUAGACGAUGAUACUACACUAGCGGACUUACUAGCGCUUAACCUGCACAAGUACGAAGAAGAAGUCAAAACUAUUGUGGACAAGUCUGUCAAAGAAGCUGCUAUGGAGAAAACACUCAAGGAACUGGAAGCUACUUGGGCAAUCAUGGAGUUUGAUUACACAGUUCAUGACAGAACUGGGUCCAAAUUACCGAAAGCCAGCGAAGAACUUGUCGAGACUCUUGAGGAUAACCAGAACCAAGUUCAAAACAUGAUGUCGUCCAAAUUCAUUGGUUUCUACGAGGCCGAGGUGACCGCUUGGCAGAAGAAACUUGGCACGGCCGAUGCAGUCAUUGCCAUUUGGUUUGAGGUGCAGCGAAAGUGGCAAUACCUUGAGAGCAUCUUUGUCGGUUCUGAUGAUAUUCGUGCUCAACUGCCAGAAGAUUCAAAACGUUUUGAUACCAUCGAUAAGACAUUUAAAGAAUUAUUAAAAGACAUUGGAAAUACACCAAAUGUUGUGCAAGCGACUAACAAGCCGGGUCUUCUCGAUAAGCUGGAAGAGCUGAUGAAGUCUCUCAACUUGUGCGAGAAAGCGCUCAAUAACUAUUUGGAGACCAAACGUUUGGCAUACCCUCGUUUCUACUUCGUGUCUUCGGCUGAUUUGUUGGAUAUUUUGUCAAAUGGCAACAAUCCGCCGGCGGUCGCACGUCACCUGUCGAAGUUAUACGAUAACUUGGCUAAAUUAGUAUUCCCGAAACCUGGGAGCAAACACGCAAUUGAGAUGAUAUCCAAGGAGAAUGAAGAACAUGUACCAUUUAAAGCACCCUGCUGCGAUUGUUCUGGCAAAGUUGAACUCUGGUUAAACCGGGUAACUGACUGCAUGCGAUACACCCUACGGGAUAUAUUUGAGCACAGUGUUAAGUCGUACGAAGAUAAACCCCGUGACGAGUGGGUGUUUGAUUGGCCCGCGCAGCCGGCGCUCGUGGGCACGCAGAUCUGGUGGACCACGGAAACUAAUCAGGCGUUUGAAAAACUUGAAGAAGGUUAUGAGGGCGCCCUUAAAGAUUACCAAAAGAAGCAGAUCACGCAGCUAAACGCUUUGAUUGUUCUACUACUUGGUGACUUGACUGUUGGCGAUCGACAGAAGAUCAUGACGAUUUGUACGAUAGAUGUACACUCGAGAGAUGUUGUUGCCAAACUUAUUGUGGCUAAAGUGGAGACGUCGAAUGCCUUCCAAUGGCAAAGUCAAUUGAGACAUCGCUGGGAUCUGAAACUGAACAAUUGCUAUGCAAACAUCUGCGACGCUCAAUUCCUCUACGAUUACGAAUACUUAGGAAACACACCACGUCUUGUGAUUACACCUUUGACGGAUCGAUGUUAUAUUACUUUAACACAGAGUCUACAUUUAAUAAUGGGUGGUGCCCCCGCUGGUCCAGCUGGGACGGGUAAGACUGAAACUACAAAAGAUUUAGGAAGAGCACUGGGUAUAAUGGUAUACGUGUUUAACUGUUCUGAACAAAUGGAUUACAAGUCCUGUGGAAAUAUAUAUAAAGGUCUCGCUCAAACUGGUGCCUGGGGCUGCUUCGACGAGUUCAAUCGUAUCUCGGUUGAAGUGCUUUCCGUUGUGUCAGUACAAGUUAAAAGUGUUCUCGACGCUAUAAAGGCUAAGAAAAAGAAAUUCGACUUUAUGGGAGAGUUCAUCACACUUAUACCGACUAUUGGGAUGUUUAUCACUAUGAAUCCAGGUUACGCUGGAAGGACGGAAUUGCCAGAGAAUUUAAAAGCUUUGUUUAGGCCUUGUGCUAUGGUUGUACCUGACUUUGAAUUGAUUUGUGAAAUUAUGUUGGUUGCUGAGGGUUUCCAAGAAGCCAGACUGUUGGCUCGUAAAUUCAUUACUCUUUACACCUUAUGUAAGGAGCUAUUGUCCAAGCAAGACCAUUAUGAUUGGGGUCUGCGAGCCAUUAAGUCUGUCUUGGUCGUUGCUGGAUCACUCAAGAGAGGUGACCGCUUGCGACCGGAAGAUCAAGUACUCAUGCGAGCUCUAAGAGAUUUCAAUAUUCCCAAAAUUGUAACUGACGAUAGGCCGGUGUUUAUGGGUCUUAUUGGCGAUUUGUUCCCGGCUUUGGAUGUUCCCAGGAAAAGGGACUUUGAUUUUGAAAAGAACUUGGUUGAUGGAGCUAUUUCAAUGAAGCUACAGCCGGAACCUGGGUUUAUAUUAAAGAUGGUACAACUUGUGGAAUUAUUUGCCGUUAGACACUCUGUGUUCAUUGACGGGUUUGCUGGUACGGGCAAAUCAAUGGUCUGGCAAUGUCUGAACAAAACAUAUCAUAUGCUCAAAAUGAAGCCGUUUUACAACGAUUUAGACCCUAAAGCAGUGACGAACGACGAAUUAUUUGGCAUAAUUAACCCUGCUACAAGAGAAUGGAAGGAUGGGUUAUUUUCUACUAUUAUGAGAGAUAUGGCUAACAUGCCAGGUGAUGGACCAAAGUGGAUUGUGUUGGAUGGCGACAUUGAUCCCAUGUGGAUUGAGAGUUUGAAUACAUUGAUGGACGAUAAUAAGGUAUUGACACUGGCAAGUAACGAACGAAUUGCUUUAACGAAAUCAAUGCGGCUCCUUUUUGAGAUCGCCACUCUUCGUACUGCAACACCCGCCACUGUGUCACGCGCAGGAAUUUUAUACAUUAAUCCACAGGACUUGGGCUGGAAUCCGUUUGUAGCAUCAUGGAUAGACACGACUCGUGAUGAUGAGUCAGAGAAGGCGAUGUUAACAAUAAUGUUUGACAAAUACAUACCCUCAUUACUCGAGUCUUGCAAGAAGUACAAACGAAUUACACCAUUAAGUGAACUGCAGCAGAUACAAUUGACAUGCUAUCUGCUUGAAUGUUUCCUGAACAAGAGCUUGUUGCCUUCGGAUUGCCCUAAGGAAUGGUACGAGACAUAUUUCGUAUUUUGCGUCGUUUGGGGAUUCGGAUCUGGUCUAUUCCAAGACCAGCUGGUGGAUUGGCGGAAUGAGUUCAGCAAAUGGUUCUGCAAUGAAUUCAAACAAAUUAAAUUUCCGUCAACUGGCAAUGUUUUUGGAUUUUUCAUAGAUCCAGAAACGAAGAAAUGGGCACCUUGGACCGAGAAAGUUGAACAUUUUGAUUUGGACCCAGAAAUACCCUUACAGUCGUGCCUCGUAUCAACAUCAGAAACGACUCGUAUAAGAUUCUUCAUGGACCUUCUGAUAGCGAAACAGAAGCCUGUGAUGUUGGUCGGGAGUGCGGGUAGUGGCAAAACUGUCAGCGUUGCGGCUAAACUGAAUUCGUUGUCUGAUAACUUCGCUAUCACCAAUGCUCCACUCAACUUUUAUACUACUUCAGAAAUGAUUCAAAAAGUCCUCGAGAAGCCGUUGGAAAAGAAAUCGGGUCGUAACUUUGGUCCUCCUGGUAGUAAGUUUAUGAUUUACUUUGUGGAUGACUUGAACAUGCCCGAAGUAGACACAUAUGGAACAGUGCAACCGCAUACGCUGAUUCGGCAAUUUAUGGAUUAUAAACAUUGGUACGACAGACAAAAGUUAUCUCUUAAAGACAUAUCCAAUUGUAUGUUUGUCUCGUGUAUGAAUCCAACAGCUGGUUCUUUCACAAUAGAUCCACGUUUGCAAAGGCACUUCUGUACGUUUGCAGUCAGUUUUCCCGGCUUGGACGCAUGUUUCCACAUCUACAAGCAAAUUCUAUCGCAGCAUAUGGCCAACCCCCUCAACAAAUUCGGAAUUGUGGUUCAAAAGUACAGCGAGAAUCUCGUUAAUGCUGCCUUGGCGCUUCAUAACAAGCUUGCCUCGACGUUCUUACCCACAGCCAUAAAGUUCCAUUAUAUAUUUAAUCUGCGUGAUCUUUCUAAUAUAUUCCAGGGAAUCUUAUUCACAACUGGAGAUGCAAUAAAGUUCCAAUCUGAGUUAAUUAGGUUGUGGAUGCACGAAGCAACCCGUGUGUACUCCGACAAACUGGUGGAUUCUAUUGACAAUGAAACCUUUAAUAAACUCAUCGUAGAAGUUAUUAAGAAGAAUUGCGAGGACUAUGACGAGAAUGUCGUAUUUGAGAAGCCACUCAUUUACUGUCACUUCGCCGAGGGUAUUGGAGACCCGAAAUAUUUCCCAAUCAGGGAUUGGGCACAGAUCAAAAAGUUACUUGAAGAGUCAUUAUCAAGUUACAAUGACCUCGUGGCGACGAUGAAUCUUGUGCUCUUUGAAGACGCAAUGUACCACAUAUGCAGAAUCAAUCGCAUUCUGGAAGCACCCCGAGGUAAUGCUCUGUUGGUGGGAGUUGGUGGUUCUGGGAAACAAUCUUUGUCCAGAUUGUCUGCUUUUAUAUCUUCACUUGAAGUUUUCCAAAUACAACUCCGCAAAGGAUACAGCAUCAAUGACUUGAAAGUUGAUCUUGCGGGUCUAUACAUCAAGGCUGGUUUAAAGAACAUUGGCAAUGUGUUUCUGAUGACGGACGCUCAAGUGGCCGAAGAACGCUUCUUGGUUUUGAUCAAUGACUUAUUAGCAUCAGGAGAGAUACCAGAAUUAUUAGCCGAUGAUGAAAUCGAAAAUAUUAUCAAUGGUGUCAGAGGAGAGACCAAAGCCUCAGGCGUGCCAGAUACAAGGGAGAAUUGCUGGAAAUUCUUCAUCAAUCGUGUUAGGACUAUGCUAAAGGUGGUGCUAUGUUUCUCGCCAGUAGGCGCAACUUUGCGUAUACGAGCGCGAAAGUUCCCGUCCAUAGUAAACUGUACUGCUAUCAAUUGGUUUCACGAGUGGCCGAAAGAGGCUCUGCGCUCCGUAUCUACAAGGUUUUUGAAUGAAGUCGAAGCCUUACCGCGAGAUCUAAUGGAGCCAGUGGCGAAUUUCAUGUCUCACGUCCAUCAAAGCGUGAACCAAAUGUCAGCUGUUUAUUUCCAAAAUGAACGGCGAUACAACUACACGACACCAAAGACGUUCUUGGAGCAGAUAUCGUUGUAUAGCAAGUUGUUGACUGAGAAGACAACCAACUUGAAGAUGAUGAUAGAAAGACUUGAAAAUGGUUUGGAGAAGCUCGCGUCGUGCGCUGCUGAUGUAGCUGUGUUAAAGGUAACACUCGCAGAACAAGAGAUAAUAUUAAAAGUUAAGAAUAAAGCGGCCGAAGAGUUGAUUGAUGUGGUUGGAGCUGAAAGUGAAAAGGUCUCCAAAGAAAAGGCUUUCGCUGCGGAAGAAGAAAAGAAAGUAAAAGUGAUAGAAGAAGAUGUAACGAUAAAGGCCAAAAUUUGUGCGGAUGAUCUAGCCAAAGCAGAGCCGGCACUUUUAGCCGCACAAGAGGCUCUUAACACGUUGAACAAAAACAAUCUCACCGAGUUGAAGGCCUUUGGGUCCCCACCGGACGCCGUGGUCACUGUGACGGCUGCCGUACUUGUGCUGUUCUCGAAGAAGGGUAAAUUACCUAAGGAUAGAUCGUGGAAAGCUUGCAAGUUAAUGAUGAACAAAGUUGAUCAGUUUUUGUACGACCUGGUGUACUAUGACAAAGAAAACAUACAUCCGGAUGUUAUUAAGGCAGUUCAACCCUACAUAAAGAAUCCAGACUUCAACGCUGAGUUCAUAAUGUCCAAGUCAGCUGCAGCCGCGGGGCUGUGUUCGUGGGUCAUAAAUAUUGUGAAGUUCUACGACGUGUACGUAGUGGUAGAACCCAAGAGAAGGGCUCUCAAUGCUGCCAACGCCGAAUUGCAAGCUGCGAGGGACAAGCUGGCCUUCCUAACUGAACAGAUUAGUGAAUUAGAAGAAAAGUUAGGAGAACUUAUGAAAGCUUUCCAAGAAGCUGUCAAUGAGAAGAUGAAAUGUCAAGCGGAGGCCGAUGCCACCAACGCCACAAUUGACCUGGCGAAUCGCCUUGUCAACGGAUUGGCUUCUGAGAAAAUUAGAUGGUCAGCGACGGUAGUGAAUCUAAAGGAAUCUGGAGUAAUGUUACCGGGUGAUGUGUUAGUGGUGACGGCGUUUAUCUCCUACGUAGGUUGUUUCAUGCGACGAUAUCGAAUGAUGCUGAUGAACGAUGACUGGAUACCAACCCUCGCUAAGACCAAUCCCAAAAUAGAAACAACAGAAGGGCUAGACCCCUUAUCAAUGUUGACUGACGAUGCUCAAAUUGCGUGUUGGAAUAAUGAGGGCCUACCAACAGACUCCAUGAGUACUGAGAACGCUACGAUCCUUACGAAUUCAGCCAGAUGGCCUCUGAUGAUAGAUCCCCAAUUACAAGGAAUAAAAUGGAUAAAAUCGAAAUUUGGCGACGCAUUGGUUGUGAUUCGUCUGACUCAGAAAAAUUACAUCGACCGCAUUGAACGUGCUGUUAGUAAUGGAGAUGCGGUCCUCUUGGAGAAUAUAGGGGAGACCGUGGAUGCUGUGCUGGAUCCCUUAUUGGGACGUGUGCUUAUAAGGAAGGGGCGUGUGCUUAAGAUUGGUGAUAGAGAAAUCGAUUACCAUGCAAAUUUCCGUCUUAUCAUACAAACUAAGCUGGCAAAUCCGCAUUAUCAGCCGGAGAUGCAGGCGCAAUGCACUCUCAUUAACUUCACUGUAACAAAGGACGGUUUAGAAGAGCAGCUCCUAGGCGAAGUGGUCAAAGCGGAAAGACCAGACUUGGAAAAACUUCGUGCCGGACUCACGAAACAGCAGAACGACUUUAAGAUCACGCUUAAGAGUCUCGAAGACGACCUCUUGAAGCGUCUUUCGUCUGCCGGUCCCGAUAUUUUGAGUGAUUCGGCGCUUGUUAUCAAUUUGGAGACCACGAAGAAGACUGCUGCCGAUAUUGAAAUAAAGGUGGAAGAAGGAAAGGUGACAGCUGUCAAAAUUGACGAAGCCCGUGAAAGAUAUCGACGCGCUGCCGCCCGCGCAUCUCUCUUAUACUUCAUACUAAAUGACAUAUAUAAGAUCAACCCGAUGUACCAAUUCUCUUUGAAAGCCUAUAGCGUAGUGUUUAAGGAUGCGUUGGCUCGAGCAGAUCAAGCUGAAGAUUUAGAAGGGCGCGUGCGCAACCUGCUCGACAGCAUCACAUUCGCUGUCUUUGUGUAUACGAGUCGAGGGCUCUUCGAAAGGGAUAAGCUGGUGUUCCUCUUCCUUAUAACAUUGCAGGUACUGCAAAGCGAAGGAAAGGUAGAUCCUCGUGAAUUAGAUUUCUUACUAAAGUACGCGGUCGCACCAGAAGUGUCACCGUACAGUUGGCUUUCAAACAACUCGUGGGGCGGAAUAGUGGCACUUUCUAAGAUGGACGCCUUUGAGAACCUCGAUAGAGAUAUCGAAGGAGCUACGAAAAGAUGGCAAAAAUAUACGGACGGAGAAGCCCCAGAAAGAGAUAAAUUGCCAGGAGAAUGGAAAAAUAAGACGUCAUUACAAAGACUCUGUAUCCUUCGGGCUCUGCGACCUGAUAGGAUGUCCUAUGCGUCGGGGGCAUUUUGUGAAGAGAACCUCGGGACAAAAUAUGUUGAAGCUCGAACGCCUCCGUUAGAUAAAUCCUAUCAAGAAAGUACAUCUACUACCGCCAUGUUCUUUAUCCUGUCUCCCGGAGUUGAUCCGCUAAAGGAUCUAGAAAAGUUGGGUAGAAAACUUGGCUUCUCUACCGAUAAGAAGAACUUCCACAUCGUAUCAUUAGGCCAAGGACAGGAAGUGGUGGCCGAAGAGGCCAUGGGCGUGGCCUCGGUUAAUGGUGAUUGGGUGAUAUUACAAAACAUUCACUUGGUUGCCAAAUGGCUUGCGACGCUUGAAAAGAAAAUGGAGGAAACGUUCGAAAAUCCAUUACCGGAAUACAGAUUAUAUUUGAGCGCGGAACCAGCUGGUGAUCCAGCUUAUCACAUAAUUCCUCAAGGUAUCCUGGAGUCUGCUAUCAAAAUAACCAAUGAACCGCCAAUUGGAAUGUGGGCUAACUUGCAUAAGGCACUGGACAAUUUCAGUCAAGAGACGUUAGAAAUGUGCAGCAAAGAGGCGGAAUUCAAGUCAAUUUUAUUUGCUUUGUGUUACUUCCACGCUGUAGUCGCUGAAAGGAGAAAAUUCGGCCCGCAAGGAUGGAAUAGAGUGUAUCCCUUCAAUUUUGGUGACCUCACAAUCUGUGUAUACGUACUUUAUAAUUAUCUGGAAGCCAAUCCCCGAGUCCCAUGGGAGGACUUGCGAUAUCUGUUUGGAGAAAUAAUGUACGGUGGACAUAUCACUGACGACUGGGACAGGCGUCUCUGUCGGACGUUUUUACUUGAAUAUAUGCAGCCGGAGUUGGUCGACGGCGAGUGCCAGUUAGCCCAAGGUUUUAUUUCGCCGCCAAAUUCAGACUAUGUGAGCUACCACCAGUACAUUGACGAUUUCCUACCAGACGAGACACCCUAUUUAUACGGACUGCAUCCAAAUGCUGAGAUCGGUUAUUUGACCACAGUUUCAGAAAGAUUGUUCAAGGUAGUAUUUGAAAUGCAACCGAGAGACGCUGGAGCUCAAGCUGGUGGUGGAGCUACUAAGGAAGAAAUGGUCCGGUAUAUCCUAGAUGACAUUUUGGACAGAGUACCAGAACCGUUCAAUUUGCAAGAGCUAAUGGGAAAAGUAGAAGAGCUGACUCCUUACACAAUCGUAGCCUUGCAAGAGUGUGAACGGAUGAACAGGCUUAUGGGAGAGAUACGAAGGUCUUUGAAGGAAGUCGAGUUGGGGCUGAAGGGUGAACUGACAAUCAGCAGUGACAUGGAAAAGCUCAUGGAGUCACUAUUCAUGGACAACGUGCCUGAUUCGUGGACUAAGCUGGCUUACCCAAGUCUUCUCGGUCUGGCUGCUUGGUUUUCAGAUUUGUGUUUGCGACUGGUUGAACUUGAGAACUGGUCCGGAGACUUCAAUCUACCACCAGCAGUGUGGCUGGCCGGCUUUUUCAACCCGCAGUCUUUCCUGACUGCCAUCAUGCAGCAGACGGCGCGAAAGAAUGAGUGGCCCCUCGACAAGAUGUGCCUCAACUGUGAUGUCACCAAGAAAUACAGAGGAGAUUUCAAUGCGCCACCCCGUGAAGGGGCAAACAUCCAUGGCCUAUAUAUGGAAGGGGCUCGUUGGGACACAGCAACUGGUGGAAUUGUAGAAUCCCGCAUGAUGGAACUGUUCCCAAUAGUGCCGGUGAUAUACAUAAAGGCGGUAACACAGGACAAACAGGAUACAAAGAACGUGUAUGAGUGUCCUGUUUAUAAGAUCCGUAUGCGUGGACCAACAUUCGUGUGGACCUUUAAUUUGAAGACCAAAGAUAAGCCGACACGUUGGACGCUGGCCGGAGUUGCGCUCUUGCUAGGAGUUUAG